GUAAUUAGUUAUUUUUUAUCUAUAUUUAAUGCUUCAUACAUGUGACUCAAGAUUGGAUGUGAUGGUGAAUUUUGUAAACUUUUGAGUUUUUUAGUGCAUCUAAACAAGGCCUUACCUGAGUGCUUUUGGUAGGCGUGAUAUUCCUAUAUUUUUAGAGAGGACGGCAGGCGUGAUAUAUUUGCAUUCCCCAAAAUCUGUAUUUCACUGCUUUUGGCUGCCAUUUGUCACGAGGAGUUGCACUUGGUACUUACACCAUCUGGAUCUGGAUCCAAAAGUGAACUCAAACCAUUUGCUGGUUUGGUUCCUCUUUCUGCAUUGAGUGCAAUUUAUGUUUGUGGCACGGAAGGAUAGACGGGGAUACGAUCGGCACAGAUUUCAUUACUUCUUGGUACCAGUACUCUACGUUGUUUUGAUGUUUUCACACGCUUUCCGAUCUUAGAGGAGUCAAGAGACAACUGCAAGUCAACAUACAGAAUUUCUUGGGCCAGUACUGAUUUGUAAAGUAUAGCACCUGAUUUCAAAUUCGACUAGUUUUCUCCGUUCGCUUGUCUCAGUCAAUAGUGUUUUUCUCUUAUAAUAAAUCAGCUACAGUACUUUCAGUCAUAUGACUUUCCUGGCUUCAAUUCUUCGGUGAGCUGUGAGGCAUUACCCGAGUGUCAGCUUUCUAAGAAGCAAUCUACUUAUCCGGCUCCUGGUUUACGGGUACCAAGCUUGGUCAUUUUUAUCUACCACGAAUUGGAGUUCUUUGCUGGAAGCUUCAUAUUCUUACGGGGUAGUAAUGGUUCAGGCCAGAGCAACUUCAUCAAAAUGAACUAUCUCCUCUCCCUUAUAAUCAGGCCUGAGCAACUUCAUUAGAUAUCCUAUCUCCCCUCCCUUAUAAUCAGUUGUUGAAGAUCUCGUAAAAGCAAUUUAAGGGGAUGGAGUGCAGAGCUAUAAGCCUAUAACAGAUUACUCAAAAAUCAUCCCUUAUACGUAUGCAUCAUGAUAUGUGGUGCCCAUAUGUCUUGGGCAGAUUAAUUUGUCUUCUUCCCUCCCUCACCGAGUUCAUCUCACUCUUCCAUGGCCACACGUAGCUAGGGGUAGUGCAUGAAAGACGCACCUCCACGGCCAUGUGCCGGUCAGCAGGCGGCACGGACAAGCGGGGCGGGCCUUGGUUGUGGGAUGGCCAACGACCGACGGGUAGCAACCAUUUGGAACAUGAGAGGAAGAGGUGGGGCCAUAGCUAGGGCGGUCGCACCCAUGAUACCAUUUCUAUAUCCAAGGAUCUAACAGCUAAGAAAUUAAUUCCUUACCAUGGUUGACCUCUCGAUAACUGGCCGGUGUCCAGAUUCCAGAACAAAAGAAACCUGCACUAGACAUCGGCAAGGGGUAGCGUUGGCGUGCCAUGGAUUCCGCCAGGGCGAUCAAAGGCGAGCGAGAUCUGCCGGAGGCAGAGAAACGCCGGCCAACCGUUCCGGGCACUGUCACUGCCGUCUUCUUGCUCUCGUUGCCGCUGCUGCUCCUGUUCUUCCUCUUCGGCGACCGAGCCGUCGCCUCCAUCGCCGGCGACUCCCUGGCUCCGGCAAUGCGUCCUCGUCCUCGUCCCCGGAGACGACAAUGGACCGCGACACUCUCCACGAUCGGCUCCUCGGCGGGCUUCUCUCGCCAGACUUCGACGCGGCGACGUGCCUCAGCCGGUACGAGGCUUCGAAGCGAUGGAAGACGCCGUCGCCGUCGCCGUUCCCGGUGUCCCCUUACCUCGUCCAGAAGCUGAGGCAGUACGAGUCGAACCAUCGGCGGUGCGGACCUGGCACCGCGAACCACCGCGAGGCCAUGGCGCAGCUCAUGUCCGGCCGCAACGGCGACCGCGCCGAAUGCAGGUACGUGGUGUGGUUCCCCAUCCAGGGCCUAGGCAACCGGAUGCUCAGCGUCGUCUCCACCUUCCUCUACGCGCUGCUCACCGGCCGCGUCCUCCUCGUCCACGAACCCUCCGAGAUGGAGGGGCUCUUCUGCGAGCCGUUCCCGGGGACCUCGUGGAUCCUGCCGCCGGACUUCCCCUACAAGCAGGACGGCUUCUGGGUCGGCUCAAAUGACAGCUACCAGCGCAUGCUUGAGAACAACGUCGUCCGCUACGACGGCGGCGACGGCGACGACGCCAGCGCGCUGCCGCCCUUCGUCUACUUCCACCUGGAGCAGAUACAGCUCCGGCUCCAGAACCACACGUUCUGCGAGGAGGACCACCGCGUGCUCGACAGGUUCAACUGGAUGGUGCUCCGGUCAGACAGCUACUUCGCCGUGGCGCUGUUCCUCGUGCCCAUGUACCGGGCCGAGCUGGACCUCAUGUUCCCGGCGAAGGCGUCCGUGUUCCACCACCUCGGCAGGUAUCUCCUCCACCCCGGGAACCGAGCGUGGGGGAUCGUGGAGAGGUUCUACGACGGCUACCUCGCCGGCGCCGACGAGCGUCUCGGCAUCCAGGUCCGCCUCGCGCCGUUCCUUCCACUCACGUUCGAGAUCAUGUACGAGCAGAUCACCCGGUGCACGCGGGAGCAUGGCCUCCUGCCACAAGUGACCGACACCAGCGAGCCGGGUGCCCGGCCGUCCAACGGCACGGCGGCCAAGGUCAAGGCCGUGCUGGUGGUCUCCCUGAAGCCGGAGUACUACGACAAGCUGCACAGCGUGUACUACACCAACGCGACGGCGACCGGCGAGGUUGUCACGGUGUACCAGCCGAGCCACGACCAGGACCAGCACACGGAGGCGCGCGCGCACAACGAGCGCGCCCUUGCCGAGAUCUUCCUGCUCAGCUACUCCGACAGGUUGGUGACCACGGGGUUCUCGACGUUCGGCUACGUCGCGCACUCGCUGGCCGGGCUGCGACCAUGGCUGCUGAUGCUGCCGGACCGGACCACGAACAGGGCCGCCGUGGCUUGCGUGAGGCCAGCGUCGGUGGAGCCAUGCCUGCACUCGCUGCCGUCGCUCGUCUGCCGGGCGGAACAGGAUGUUGACCCGGUGGCGCAUCUGCCAUUCCUGCGACACUGCGAAGAUGUGGGCCUCGGCCUCAAGCUGUUCGAUUGAUUUCGCUCCUGCAUAGAUGCUUGCUUCUUCGCAAUGGUACUAUCUGUACAUUUGUGAAAAUGAACAGAGCCAAAUAAAUAGCACAAUUCGAGUCAUGGAAAAGGAAAA